AUGGAUAAUCUGCUAAAAGUUCCUGAGAUUGUCACUAAUGUCUCAUCCUUUUUAUCUCCUGCAGAUUAUCUGGGUUUUCUACAGGUAAAUAAACAAGUUUAUAACUCAGUUAUUGACGGCGAGAAUGAUUUAAGGUAUUGGUCGUUGAAAUUAACUAGAAUGGGCCUCCAAAGGGUAAAUUCGAAGGAAACUGAAGAUGUCAAAUUGUUAGAUGAAAAGGAUGACGAAGAUCCCAUUUGCAUAUUCGAAGUAUACAAAUCUUUCACCACUCAAGACGCUAAAAAAAUCUUUGCAAAAUUUUACCGUUGUUACAAUUCAUACACUAAAAAAUUAUAUAAUAAUAAUCUGGCCAAUUUUUUUCCAACUUCAUAUUCCAAGGAUCCAUUAAAACAAAUAAAAAUUCUAAAUUACAUCAAACGCUACAAUUUAUCGAAUAGAAAUGAUAUAGAAACAUUUGUUAAGAUUGACACCAAUUUCAACAUUCUUAGGGAAAUCUUUAUCAACUCUGUCCUCAAAGAGAUAGAAUUGAAUUACCAGUCCAACAACUUAGCUGCAGUGGCUCGUUUUAUAAAGGUUUUGCUGAUAUCAAACGAGGAGAAUAAUGCUAUCGAAUUUUUCAAAUCAAAGGCAGAUUUACCCCCCAGUUUAAUGACUUUGCCUCCUAAUGAUGAACUGUUUUGGAAAGAACAAACACAAGAAGAGGAAAGUAAUAGGUGUACUGCGGUGUUCAAUUCUAAGAAUUUGGAUGCAUUUCUCAAUCCAUUAAGGGAUUUCCUCAACGAGAAGAUCAAGUUGGCAGACAUUCUAUUCCAAGGUGAAUUUCCCGUCAUAAUACAAUUUAUCGAGUCUUUUAUCCAGGAUGUUUUAUUAGACAUUUUGAACCAUAUUUUAUCAAAUUAUGGAGAAUUUCUAAAAUCAAAUGGUAAGGAUUGUAAAGCAAAUUAUGAAUGCUUCCCAGAACUUUAUUUUACAUUCAUAAAAAGAUUCUGUACCGAAUUGAAUGACUCAGUCAACGCAGGUCAAACUUUCCACAAGGUCGUUCAUGAACUUUUGAACCUGUAUCUCGAGCCGUUCGCUGUCAACUAUAUGAAUCAAACAACUAGAGUUUUUGAAUCGCUGAUCAGCUCACAGCUAGCUAACUAUGACAUUCAAUUUCAAGAUAAAGAGAGAGAGCAAAAUGCAAAGAUUUAUAAUUCUUUGAGAGAUCAAACGGACGGUACAGCCCUAAGCAGCAACGAUUCAUCACAUAACCAUUCAAUAGCUACCGAAGCCUCCAUGGCUGUACCGGAAUCGGAUUCAAAACAAAAGGCUGUACCUCAACCAGUUCGUUCAACUAAUAACAUUUCAGAUGAUAAAUUAGACUUUCUAAGUUCCUUCACCAAAAUCUUCAAAUUUUCUACUAAUGAAAACCAAAAAUUGAAACAACAAUUACAAUUAGCGUAUAACUUGAAUUUGAUCUCCAAUAACUUACAAAACAUCAAAUCGUUGAUAAGCCUUGAUUUAUGUUACAAAAUUUUACACGAGACAAGUGAGAAGACGGAUGAAAUCUAUAAAUUUCAUACGAUGGAAAAUUUACUACCGUUAAUAAAGUUACGGUGUCAAGAGAUUUUUAAAAUUUUGAUUACUCAGUUGAAUACGAAUCAUGUUAAACCUGCAUUUGAGAAGGCAAUCAUGCUACUACAGAAAUAUAACCCUAAUGAAAUAGAACAAAUAGAAAUAAAACUUGACUCACUUUCGCCAGCCAAUAAUCAGGUAGAACCCCUGGUACAAUUCACUGAAUUAAUCAAUAUAGGUGACAUCAUACUACAAAUGAUUUCGAUUUUCUAUAAGAACGAGUUAAUUCCCAAAAAAAUCAUCGAUAAAAACAAAGAUUUUCUGAAUGACGUUAUCCAAUUGAAAAAAAAUUUUGAGACUUCGAUUGAUGACUUCGUGGCCGAGGGUUUAAAUAUUGGUAUAAACAAACUAAUGGAUGAAAUUUCAUUUGUUUUCAAAACUCUCCAAUUACCUGACGACUAUAAUCCACCAACGCCUUCCACAAAUUCUCCAAUACGGGAUAUAAAACCAACUAAAUGUGCUGUCAGGGUGAUCGAAUUACUUUCCAAUCAUUGUUUUCUUUUGACUGGUGCAACCGAUAAGGGUACUAUUGACGUAUAUCAGCAAGAAAUUGGCGAACGGUUUUUCAAUGAGAUUGUAAAACAUUUGAAAAAGAGCCUUAUAUCUACAGAGGGUGCAAUUUGGUUAAUAUGUGAUUUAAACUACUUUUACGAUUUCAUUGCCAAUAAACUGAAACAAAAAAACGUCGUUCCCUAUUUUGUUGGGCUGAAACCUAUUGGUCAAUUAUAUAUUAUUUCGGGCAAGGACUCGAAGGAGCUGGGGAAACUGAUUUCUGAUCUUGGGAAAUUCAAUGGUAUUUUUACGCAAGAGGAAAUUUACGAAUUCGUUCAAAGAAGAAGCGAUUGGAUUCGUGUACGAAAAGACGUUGAAAAGGUAAUGUAUGGCCUAGGAAUACGUGAUUGCUGCAUUAUGUAA